AGGAAUAUUAAUAUUUUAUAAAUGGAUUAUGAUUCUCUUUAUCUACUCUUACCAAAAGAACCCAAGAAAUGGCAAGUCUCAGAUGUAGUUAUCUGGCUCUAAUUCAUUGGACUUGCAUAAAUGGAAGAUAAGUUUGGUACUUAUAAUCUUUUUAUAUAUUAGUAAGUUUAUCUAUUGAUGGCUCAGUCCUAGAAGAAAUUACAGAAGAUGAUAUAGAACAAGAGUUGGGUGUCAAUUAAAAAAUUAUCAAAAAGAAAUUGAUCAAUUGUAACCAUUUUCUAAUUGGUAGGGAUAACUACAGGAUUGAAAGAAUAUAGCACAUAUUUAUCCUAAAUUAAAGUCACUACCAUCAAAAAAUAACCUAAUGAAGAUUUUACUCUCUUAAAGAAUCAUAAUUCUUCUUAAGAUAAAUAAUGUUAAUCUAUAAUUAAUCAAUUCGAUGAGUUGCACCAAUCUUAAAACAAAAUUAACAAUCAAACUGAAAAUUAACUCAUCCUAUAACCUUUAGAAAGUUAACAAAAUAAUUUCUAUUGUAUCAAACAAAUAGGAGCUAAGAUUGGAAGACAUUCUAGUAAUCAGAUUCUUAUUUUGGAAGAAAAUAUUAGCAGAUUCCAUGCUGAAGUUAUCUAUUAAGAUUCCAAGGUAUGAUAGUAUCUUAUCAUUAUUUAAGUUUUAUAUUAGGGAUAUAGGAAGUACAACAGGAACAUAUAUUAAAAUUUAAAAAAGAAUGAAUCUCUUUCAAGAUAUGCUCAUUGAAUUAGGAAGCAAUUUGUUUUAAGUAAUUCAAUUAGAAUAAAUCUCUGAUGGAAUUCAACUUGAACUCCUAGUUCUUGAAGGACCUAACUCUGAAGAAUAAAUUACUUUUCAUCUUGACUAAGACAAAACAUCAGUCACUCUUGGUAGAAAAACUAAUGCUGAUAUUGCUUUUCCUGAAGAUCAUCAUCUCUCUAAUUUACAUGCUAAAUUCUAUUUAGUUGACAAGAAUGUUACAAUUGAAGAUCAUUCAUCCACUAAUGGGUAUAUAUUGUAUCUAUUAAAGCACUUGGCUAAGAUUAUCUCCAGAUGGAUAAUCAAGUUCUAUUUAUCCAAUCACCUUAGAUGAUGAAAUUACUAUCAUCAGAAUUGGAACUGUUAAUUAAUAUCUUUGCCAGUUAGACAAAUUCAGUAUUAAUUAUAAUGAAUACAACUUUUGUACAUUAUGUCGUGAAAAUGAACGAGAUGCACUUUUCCUUCCUUGUAAACAUAAUUCUACUUGUUUCAAAUGUUGUAAAAAUUUGUAAUUAUGUCCUAUUUGCCAAAUGAAGAUCUCUUAGCAAAUUAGAAUUUACAAAAAUUGA